AGGGUUUAUUUGCGCAUUCUUUUCCCAGGUCAAACAAUGUCUGUGUUCAUUUGUGUUGUGGGAGUCCUUGUGCUGCUGGCUCCUUGCUGUUUGUUGGUAGAUAUUGACACCAGCCAUGAUAUGGUUGUGAUGGAGAUCGUUAAAAAGCACAAUGAUCUAAGACGUCUGGUUCGUCCUCCUGCCAGAAACAUGCUGCAGAUGAACUGGAACCGCGAUGCAGCGGCCAAUGCCCAGAAAUGGGCCAACCGAUGCACCAAGGACCACAGCCCCAGAAAACAAAGAACUGUUGGCCCUUCUGAAUGUGGCGAGAACCUUUACGUGUCCUCAAAAGCCAUGUCCUGGAGUGAAACCAUCCAAACAUGGUACAAUGAGGGUGAAGAGUACAGCUAUAAAUUCAACAGACCGAAACACAUCGGCCGCUAUGUUGGUCACUACAUCAGAUUGGUAUGGGCCAACUCCAAUCAGAUCGGCUGUGGUGCUGCCCACUGCCCCAACAGCAAGUUCAAAUAUUACUACGUUUGUCACUACUGUCCCCGUGGCAACCUCUUUGGAAGAAAGCCCUAUCAGGCCAAGUGAUUCUUCACAGGAGAUGUUCUAUGAGUUAAGCUUUGCCCUGCCACAACCAGAUCCGGAGAUACACUCCUGGCAACUGAAUCAUGGUCAUGUCACUUCAAUGUGCUGUAGCUGUAUAUUAUUGAGGCUGUCCAUCCUCUUUACAAAUUUCCUUUUCAACUGAUGUCCUGGGUGACUGGAUUGAGGGAUUAGCCUGAACAGUAACUGCACAAUGUAAUUUCUCAAAUAAAAUGCUGAUUUAAUCAGA